ACAUACUAAAACAAUGGCGGCCGGCGGCAGUGAUCCUCGGGCUGGAGACGUAGAAGAAGAUGCCUCUCAACUCAUCUUUCCGAAAGAGUUUGAGACAGCGGAGACACUCCUGAACUCUGAAGUUCACAUGCUUCUGGAGCAUCGAAAGCAGCAGAAUGAGAGCGCCGAAGAUGAGCAGGAGCUCUCCGAGGUUUUCAUGAAAACCCUGAACUAUACAGCCCGAUUCAGUUGUUUCAAAAAUAGAGAGACCAUUGCCAGUGUUCGUAGCUUGCUUCUCCAGAAAAAGUUACAUAAGUUUGAGUUGGCAUGUUUAGCUAAUCUUUGCCCAGAGACUGCUGAGGAGUCCAAAGCUUUGAUUCCAAGUCUGGAAGGGCUUUUUGAAGAUGAGGAACUGCAGCAGAUUCUCGAUAUCAGGACCAAGCGCAGUUUCCAGUACUGA